GGAAAGACCGGAUCAAACGAACUGCUGCAGAAGAAAUUUGCAAACGUGAAUGAGUCACAGCGUUCUGAUAGUUAGCGUUGAACAUCUGCCCGUCAUCAGUGCGCGUUUGUGUGUGAUAAGAGAGUGAUGUCAUAAGCCGCUCCGAGAUUGUAUUUUCUUCAGCAGUAUGGAUGCGAACGAUACAGACUGUACUUACCAGUUCCAAAGCUUGGCGUCGACUGAGAAUAACGAAGCAUACGGAUGGAUAAAAUCUGAGUCAACGUGCAGCCUGUCGGAAGCGGAAACCUCGAUUAGCGAUCCGAAGAAAGUGAAACGAAGAGUUCGCAAUAACGUGCGCAGCACCAGAGUCAACUCGGCGUACACACCUCACAAUCGUUUAUCACGCUACAAAACUGCACUGAACAGUAUUAUACCCUUCCGAACCAGUAAUACGGGAUCAACCGAUCUCCCGGUAGACAAUGUCGGUUGCAUGUCAAACAGUUCCUUUUCGUGGGUCCGAAAGUUCCUCAUCACCCCAGCGCAGCAGCGAACCUACCAAAGUCUUCCAACCAAUGCGGCCAACAGCAACCAAAACGAUGCGUUUCUUCUACCAAAACGACCAUUCAGCGACAGCUGCGAAGUGAACUGCCGACGACUUCUCGGCAUCUACAAGUAUGAGGAAACCAUGAAUGGACGCAAGAAGGUUUCCAUGUUCAAAGUGGUCUGGAGAUUCACCCGAACUCGUCUGCUUAUUGCGUCCAUGUUUCAGUGCUUCGCGAUGUUGCUGGAAUUUAUGGGUGUGGUAAUAUUUUCCAAUUUAAUCACCGAAUCCAUGCAGACUGUGGUAACGAGAGGGUGCCAGAGUUGCCCAGCCAUCUCCAAUUGCUCCAACGUUCCACCGAUGAUACUCGGUAUAAAGUUUGGCAUGAAUUGGGGCGUUUGCAACAGCACGACUAAGGUGACAGCGUCCGAUGGACGAACUGAUCGUUUGCUGCUUUCGAUGGGCGUGUUUCUAGUCUUCUUCAUGGCGAUGUUCUUCAACAGUGUGAAAAACUGGCUGAACCUGCGGACGGCAAUACGACUGCGAACGGCCAUCCUCUCGUCGGUCUACAAACGCGCCGUUAAGAGCAACAUCGUAAACCAGGUUUCGGCUCACCAGAUUAUGACGAUGGCGAACGGAGAGAGUGAAGCUGUUUUUCAGAUAGUGGAAUCAGGUGUUCAAAUGAUAGGUAUCAUCUUUGGAUUUGUGUUGGCCUUUGUAUCUGGGCUGAUACUGCUCUCGAUAUCGGGUAUUCUACCUCUGGUGGGAUCACUUCCUCUUCUGCUCCUGCUGAUAGUAACGGGUAACAUUUCGAAAACGUACUACAGGAAAUUCCUAGCUUUCGGAUCAAUGAAGCUAUCUGUGGUGGAAGACAUUCUCUUAAAUUUCAAAAACGUAAAAUCUCUCCAGUUGGAUACGAUUCUCAUCGAUAGAUUCAUCGACUGUCUCAGCCGGCAGUACAGAGCCCUCAAGUGGUGCAUCAUUUAUUCAACGAAAUUCACCGGUGGCGUAACUUCCGCCAUUCUCGUCGGAGGGCUCUACCUGAUUUGGUGUGACGUCAAUAUAAAAACCGAAAGCACUGAAGUAUUGAUAUUGCUGCUGGUCUUCGCAUAUCAUGUUCAAAAAAUCACACUGGAUUUCUGUCACUGCAUCCAUCACAUCCUACAGGGAAAGGCAUCCCUUGAAAAGGUGAAGCAAUCGUACCAACUAUCAACUCCGGACAAUGUGCGCCUAAAGCCGAAUCGGGAAAAUUUGGUAAUUCAGAUAAAUGAUCUGGAAGCAGCGUGGCCCAGCGUUGAUGGAAAGUCGAAUGGUUUCAAGCUAUGUUUGGACAGCUUUGAAAUCGUAAACGGUCAAAUAAUUGGCGUGACGGGUAAUUCUGCAACUGGGAAGACAACGCUGUUGCAUACAAUCCUGCGCAAUACGGAAGUCAAGAAGGGAAAGGUGCUGCAAAGGGGUAAAAUGGCAUUCUUCCCUUCGGAACCAGUGUUGGUGAAUACCAGCCUGAAAGAGAAUGUACUUUUCGGAGAACCGAUGGAUCCACAGCGAUACUACUUCGCCAUUCACGCUAUGAAGCUUAACGAAGACAUCCUACAGGCAGCUGGCACCGAUGACAUUCCUAUCACCUACCUGGAACUAACAGCCCAACAAUUGGAAAGAAUUGUUCUGGCUCGAGCAAUUUACUGCCAUCGACAGAUUAUCGUUCUGGAUGAACCACUGACCUGUUUCACAAAUCUUCGGGAAGCGAAAGAAUUGUUCGUGCAGAUGAUCAACACCUUUAAGCAGGAAAACAAAACCAUCAUACUGGCCACUCGCUUCGAUGAUUUCCUUCAACAUUGUGAUCGCGUUUUCCGAAUUGAAGAUGGGUCAAUUUACCGCGAGGGAAGCUACGCCGAAAUAUUGAAUAUGCCGUCGCACGUGGAAAUGACCCGGAGGUGCAACAUCGAAACGAUCAGUCGUAGUGCAUUCGAAGCUUACGAAGGAAGUGCCUCGACCGCUAUAUAUAUUGCAAAAACGGAAAACUCCAAAGCCAACAGGCGAUCGAAGACGUUUGGCAAUACUAGUUCUACGGCGAAUGGUUCCACUGCGUCGUUUGAGCAAUUGAAAGACAUGUCGCUCGCGACUAGCAUUCGUAGUUUCGAUGUGUGCGACUAUAUUACACUUGCGAUCCUUCAUUUGAUCAACAACGUGCUCUACUUUGGACCGAUUUUCAUACUGGUGAUCAUCGUUGAGCAGGGCGAUAUCCACCCAUGGCUGAGCACAAUCUGUUUGGCUGUGAUUAUUUGCGCCUUCUUAGUGGAUAUCUUUUCCAAGGUUCACGUGGCACGUGUAACGGCUGCUCGCAACAAAUCGUAUCAGCAGUCAUUGAUUAGAACUGUGCUGAAAUGUUCCUUAUCCCACCUACUGAUAACGAGCACAUCGGAUUUGGUUGAUCUAUUCACGGAUAAGAUUUCUGCCAGAUUUGCCCUGAUCAACAGCUGCAUUCAAUACGCGUGGAUUGUCGUGUUUUCGUCAACUUUACUCGUGAUCGCCAACUUCUGGACGGUACCCAUAGUGUUGCUACUGCUGCUAAUGGCUAUCGUUUUGAUAACCUACUUGAAAUACAGUAUGCAGCAUCUGUACAACCACGAGCAUCACUCUAAAAGGCGGAUGUUUUCGAUUCUGUCCAAUCACCUGUCCGGGCGCGCUGCGAUUCAAUCGUUUGAUUACGUUACCACCUUCGUACAAGAUUUCUACAACAACGUGGAAGAGAACAGCACAGCCAUCUUCAUGCAUAAAUCAAUUCAAUACUUUGCCGCGUUCUGGUUGAACUUUGCUGCCUACUUCCUUGGACUUCCCGCUCUUCUACUCAUCCUUCUGCUAACGCCCCAAUCGGAGCUAUCAAUCCACCGUUACGUACUAGCGAUGUUCUCUUACCUCACACUCAUUCACGGCAUCCAAAAGUUCGUGGAAAGCACACUGGCAACGACUACUGCCAUCAGAAAAAUCGACGUCCUCAGAAAUAACAUUCAGGAACUACAAAUCAUAGAAGAAACUCCUCGCCCUACGUCGCUGACCAAUUCCGACAUUGGCGUCUCGGUUACCUUCAAGGACGUGAUCUACCGAGUGGCAAACCGGAAGUUGCUCAAAAUUUCCAAACUCAACAUCCAAGCUGGGGAGACGGUAGCCAUCUUCGGGACCGGGAGCAAACUCAUCAUUCCGUUACUGUGUCGCGUCUUUUCACCCAACCAAGGCGCAGUAAACUUGAACCAAAUCGACAUAAGCCAGCUGAGCAUCGUACAGGUGAUGGAACAAGUCGGUGUCGUCCCGGCCGAUCCCAGAGCCGGUGGCAUCAGCGUGGGAACGUUCCUCAAUCCGGAUGGAAAACUCCGAUCCGAACAGGUAAACGAUGUGCUGAUCGAGGUCAAGCUGUUCGAAAGCGUAGCAAAACUUCCGAACAAAAUCGACGACAUGAUCGAUAGCCUGACGGUGGCCGACAGGCAGCUGUUGUGUUUGGCGCGGUGCUAUCUCCGGAAACCAGCGCUUCUACUGGUGGAACAGAUUCAUCCGGAAAUUAUCGACGUUGUCAGUAUGGCCCUGAAGAAGAAGUUUGCCGAGCAGACAGUAAUCGUCAUCGCGUCGCACGAAGUACAGUACAAGAACAUCUGCGAGAGGUUAAUCAAUCUGGAUAGUCUGUAAAGCGCGCGUGUGUGUGUGUGGACAAAUUUCGGAUGGUAGUGAUGAAGCGACCAACUUUUUUUUUUUCUAAAGUUGAAUACUUUAUUUAUGUUCAAGGAAAAAGAACCACAAAUCGUUUACAAAUAAAUAAAAACAGUGAAAUAUAUAUGUAUUCAUGUAUAUCACGAAUA